UCAGCUGCAUUAAGGCAUCAUGAUCUGAUAAUACCAAAUAUCCUGCACUUGUAGGUUUGGUACUUUGUUCUGAUGCUCAUGUGGUUAGACUUGCAGGACUUGUGACAGAGUACUUCUACACUGUAGUACUGCUACUCGUCCUUCGGUGAAGUCUUCCUCCACGACUGCUGUUUGUCCAGUUUGUUGUUUGCAAACGUCUGUCUGUGUCUAUAAAUGUCAGGAAAAGAGAAGUGAGUCGUGUGUCUGACUCGUCCUCUCUUCCUGUCCGUCCGUCUGUCCCUCUGGAGGAAACACAUCAACAUGCUGUCUCUCCUUCUUCACAGCUUCACGUGCGUCUGCUUCCUCACAGCCCGUGUGUCAGCUGUCACCACGGAGACGGUGGUGGGCGUGGCCGGGAGGAAGGUGACGCUGCCGUGCCGUUUGGAGGCAGCAAGUCAGGAAGGAGUGGAGGUGUGCUGGGGGAGAGGAGAACCAUCACUGUUCACCUGCCACAACACGGUGAUCAACACAGCUGGAGAUCAGGUCACCUACAGGAAGUCAUACAGGUACUCUGUGUCCUCCUCCUCCUCCUCCUCCUCCUCCUCUACUCUGUCCAUCUUUAAGUCUGGACCAGCAGACUCUGGUUUCUAUCACUGCAGGGUUCAGCUGCCCGGUCUGUUCAACGACCAAACAUCCAUCGUUCACCUCAUCAUCAUAACCCCUCGCUCAGUGCUCUUCGGCUCUGCAGCAACAGAGACCUCGGAGCCUUCAGGCAACAGGGGUGAGGAGAACCUGAACGCGCCACAAACUACGACAGGAUCCAGCAGAGGAAGUGAUGUCACAGGAGACAACAGCACAGGGCCAAUGGUGGCACAGGUUCAGUGGCCUGUGCAGCAGCAGCAGGUAAACAGUCUGCAGAGCUUCAUCGGAAACACACUGAGAGGCUCCUUUACCGUCUUCAUACCUGCACUGCUGCUGACUGCUGCUUACAGAGUCUGGAGGACCAAUCAGAGACCAGAGACUAACAGGAGGCUGAACCAAUCAGAGCAGGAGGCAGAGGACAGCUGUGUGUAGAGACACUCAGUGUUCAGUGUUUAUGUGUCUGUUUCCUGGUUAUUCUCUUACUUUUGGUCCAGCUGGGCCGCCGUACACACCUUCACCACACAUUACAGUGUUACAGUGCAGCAAACUACUUUUACUCAAAUGCUGUACUCAAGCGGUAGUUCUUAUGAUACUCAGUACUUCAGUUCCCCUACAGUUCAGUCCUGCUGGCUUCACUACAUCAUCUGUCAGCUUUGGUUACUUCAGACUGAGGUGCUUAAAGGUCUGACACAGUUACAGUGAACAGCUAUCCAU